UCGUUGUCUUUACAAAAUACUUCCAGUUCGUUAUUUAACUUUUGUUGAUGUGUGAGACAAAAAUAAAUACUUGUUAGGUUUCUUUUAAAAUCAAGAAUUUCGUAUGUGGAACUUCAAUCGAAAUAUUUCCACUAUUCUUUAGAUAGUUAUGUACAAGCAGAAUGUUUUGCGGAAGUGGUUUAGUCGGUAACGGUGGGACCAAGCGGCGGAACGAGACUUUUUCUUGUGUUUCAAACAGGCGUACUACCUGAGUUCUCCUUCGUGACUUUAACAUGUUACCUGGUUGGAAAGCAAGCUAACAGAGAGCAACUAUCAACGCGGGGGCGAGUCUGGGUCCAGGCCAGCUGCUUUUGCAGUGCAGUUUAUUAAAGCACAGCCAGGAAGUGACAUUACCAUGGACUUUACAGAGAUUUCUGCCCAACCGACCAAUAGAUUAUCCAGUGUUGGAAGCAAAGAUCCAGUAAUAUUGACAAGCAAUGCAAGCCCCAUCUCAACUGGUUCUGCUGACUCUGAAGUCAGUGACAAAAAGAGGAAAGAAAAGAUUGCAGAGUUAAAAAAAAAAGGAAAGGACCUUCAACAGAUGCUGAAUCAAAAAAUUGAAGAAUUAAAAAGGAUUUGCCUAAGGGAAGCUGAGCUUACCGGUAAAUUACCAAAGGAAUACCCUUUGGACACAGACGACGAGAAGGUUCCUCAAGUACCACGCUGUAUUAGAGAUCCUUUCAGGCUGAAUGAUCCGCCCCCUUGGGACAAGGACCCAGUUUUUAGGGAAUCAGACAAGCAGUUUUUAAGUGAAGGCGACCUCUACAAGACCGUGAAGAGUAAGAGGAGGGAUGAUUACAUGAACGCUGUAAAGAACCAGGAGGAGAGUGAGAAACCAAUAAAUGGCCAAAAGAUCGCAAAAGCAAGAAAAGCCACAAAGGGGGUUUCAUUGGUCCCAACAGGUGAUGUCCACUCUUCAGCAUUCAGCUCUCCAUCACAUAGUCUCUCUCUAGAUGAUGAUUACGAUCUUGGUUCCCAGAGGGAGCAGUUUGGAACAGUCCAGUAUUCUACAGUUCUGCACCAUGCAAAAACUCUGCACAUUCCUCAAAUCAAAGACAGACAACCUCCAGGAAAUGACCAGCUUACAAACAGCAGAUUGAACCAAUCCAACUAUAAAUCCCACCACUACUGUCAAACUGAUGCCAAGUCAAGUUGCAGCACUCGGUCAAGACCAACUUCCAGACGGCCAGAGGAUUCCAACUUCACGUCACCACGCCCACUCCUCUCCUACAGCAACGUACAGCUCAGGUUGGAGAACAACCCCCAAAGUUUCCGUCAGUGCAGUGGGAGUCUGGAGUCCUUGUCUCAAAUAAUGACGGAGACCAAAAACACCACACCGUCCUUUGCCAUUUUCCCAGCUCAAAGGAGCAGCAGCACGGAGGCCCUUGAUGACGUCUCCUCCUACACAAGCCAGUCCAGUGUUGAAUACAAUGCUCCCGCCAGUUGCACCCACAGACGUGGCUACAGAAAAGACCUUUACAGAAACACUGGUAGCAUGCCAAAUCUGGUUGAAUCAGAACCUUCCUGCUACCGGUACCACCCCCCCACUCAAUGCUCAACUGCCUAUUAUGUCGCAGGGUAUCCCAAAUAUGGAAACAUUGAACCUCACUUACCUUAUGGUGGUGAAUCAGAGAGAUACUAUGAUUUCUAUCCACCCUACCACCUCCCACAAGGACCUCAUUACAGGGACAACAUGUACAGUCACUAUGCCUCCAAUGACAUGGACAAUGAUUCAUACAACCCUUAUGCCUCAAUGGGGCCAGCUGGGAACCGUUUUACAGCCCAGAGCUGCAUUCAGCACUCUAAGAGCAUCCAGAAGGCAGUGGUGGCUGAACAUCUGAAAGGCUGGUUCCAAAGAAAUACCACGCAGAGACAAGGAACACACAACUAUGACUAUGAUGGAGUCUACAAGCAAAUGCGGAAGUCUCAAAACUCAGCUGUGUUCUACACCUACAACAACAGGAACAUUACCUCCUCAACAGUGUCCUUCGCUUCCUCAAAUGGAAAUUGGAACACCUACAGGAGUGAUGGUCCUUCAUUAGAUGAGCCAGAUUCAUACCUUUAUAGUGCAGCCUCCAACAGCUUCUCCACCCACAGCAGAUCCUACAUAGAUGCAUCCCACAGCAGCCACAUGCACAAUACCACAACUCAAGGUGACCAGAUAUGCUGGCAUGAAGAUUCAAAACCAGGAACUAUAGUUUAACUGCCUGUCAGAGUGCUGGUAAAUUCUUCUUAAGAGUUUGUCAUUGAGCCUUAAACUGAAUUGAUCUGCUGUUUGAAGAGUAUGGUUGCCAAAUGAAUGCAAACAUCAAAGAAUAUCGGGAUUGUGAGAAGUUAUGACGGGCGUAAAACCCUCUGAAGAAGACGGCAGGCAAGCCAUUGAAACGUGUCAACUACCUCUCUGUCCUUCCGUUGUCUGAUAGAAAAACCUCAUCGACAUGGAAGAUGAAAAGAACUGGAUUUCUCUCAAAUGAACAGAAAGGAAAUCCGUUGCCAUCUUUGACUUGUGCUUAUUUUGGAAACAUUGAUUUUUUUUUGGUUUAAUUUUGGGUCAUUUUAUGAAGAAGUGUUCUUUGACUGAUGCUGCAUUGAAGAAGCAGCAGCAGUCAAACGUGUCAAAGGUCAGUAAACGUCUCUUAGUCUUGAAGUUGAGAGACGUCAUCUGGACUUGUGUAGCUUCAUCAGUGUGCUGACUGAUAUGUAAAUAGUAACUAACCAACUUGUUAGUGUUCUAAAUAUCGGGGUUGUGGUAUUUGAUAGAACAUUUUUUGUAAAACAGAAAAAAAUAAUAUAUUGGUCACAAUUGUUAAGCUGGUUCUUAUUAAUUAGAAUAAUCCUAUUUGAAUAAAGACAAAAGUUUCUGUUUCU